AUGUAUUUAGUACGCCAAAUAACCAACCUAGAAGUCAAUGCUACUUCUUUUGAGAGAGGUGAUAUCACAGUUGAAGAUAUUCUUCGCUCAGAUGAACUUCGUUCUUGCCCAGUAAUGGUGACAUGCCGUCCGUGGAAGGCCAAUGAAAUAAGAUGGAAUGAUAGUUUGAGAAGACUAUACACAUUCAUCCAUGUGGAUGGCUUUAGCAGGGAGAAUGCAAAUGUUUACAUUCACAAUUAUUUCAAAGGUACCGAGGCUACAGCAGAUGAGUUCAUCAAAUGGUUUGAAAGCAAUGGCAUAUCAGAGAAUAUGGCAUUAUAUCCUAUCUACAUAUCUAUGCUCUGUCACAUGUGGGGAGAACCUGAUGAUUCCAAGAAAGAAGAGUUCAAGUCUUUUCAAACCUUUUCUGACAUAUUCCGUGAAGUGUUUGAAUCCCUAAUUGUGCGACAUGUCCAGAAAGAGAUCACAGAUCUAAGCAGUCCGGCUUUCAAUACACGUCGCUCUGAAAUUGAGAAACUCAUGGAACCAAUGGCCAAACUUGCUUUUACUGGACUAGAAGCAAACGACUCUAUCUUCGAUGAAAACGAUCUUGGACAGUUCUCAGACUCUGUGAAAACAGCAUGCAAGUUAGGAGUGUUGUCAAAAGAGAAUAAGCUCUCAUCCAUUCAUGAUAAGAACAGACCGUACUUGCAGUCAACAGUUUUCUUUCCUCAUAAACUAUUCCAGGAGUACAUGGCUGCAGUCUAUCUUGCUUCUCUCUAUGAUUCAGAUCACAGUGAAUUUAAGAGGCUGUUUGAGGAAGUAGUGAUCCCUAGGAAGGAAGAGUUUAGGUAUCUCUUAUACUUCACUGUACCACGGAGCAAGAACAUCUCUAAGUAUGUCAUGCAUUUCCUGUUACAACAGUACGCCCAAAGCCGAGGCAGUUUUGCACAGGAGGAGAUGAAUUUCUUGGUUGAUGUAGCUUUUGAGAGUCGAGAUGAAGAUGCCAUAGGCUUGCUUAGGAGUUCAGUAUCAUCUCUGUCCAUUGAUGUUAAUGAUGUGCACACUAUAACUGGUUAUGCAUCCACCGGGAUACAUUCAAAGGCGAUCAAAAUGACGGUUCGUGGUUAUGGCAUAUCCUACGGACCAAGUAUAUCAAAUGUUGUUGCAGAGAUGGUGUGCUCAGCACCGUCUCUACGGGAUGUUGUACUGCCAGCAAGCUUUCAUCCUACCUUCUAUGAGACUCUUGCUAAAGAAGGAAGGAAAGCCACAGUACGUAGAAAUUCAUCUUAUAAAGAGAAAGUAGGAUGUAGCAUAUCAGGGGUCCAUACUCUUGAGAUUAGGAACUACGAGCCUCUAUCAUCAGCCUCGUCACAACAUCUAGUAGGAGCUCUAUGCUCCCUACCUAACCUGGCUGAACUGAAACUAGAGGGAAGGGGCUACCCUGAAGAGUUCCAUUCUCUACUGAAUGCAAAGGCUUCAACCCUUAAGGUCCAUACUCUUCAGAUUAAGAAUUAUGAGCCUCUAUCAUCAGGCUCUUCCCGUCACCUUGUAGAAGCUUUAUGUUCCUUACCUAACCUGACUAACCUGACACUCUAUGGAGAUCAUUGCCAGGAGGAGUUCUAUUCUCCUCUCAAUGCAAAGGCAUCAACCUUGAAGGUCCGUACUCUUGAGAUUAGGAAUUACGACCUUCUGUCAUCAGCCUCUUCACAUCACCUUGUAGAAGCUCUAUGCUCCCUACCCAAGCUGACUAGCCUGAUACUAUAUGGAGAUGGUUACCGGGAAGAGUUCUAUUCCAUUCUGAAUGAAAAGGCAUCAACUUUAAAGGUCCAUGCUCUUGACAUUUGUAGUUUUGAGCCUCUAUCAUCAGACUCUUCACAUCACCUAGUAGGAGCUUUAUGCUCCCUACCUAAGCUGACUGAACUGACAAUAUAUGAACAUGACCACCACAAGGAGUACUUCUAUUCCACACUGCGUGCAAAGGCAUUCACCUUAAAGGGUUCUUUCCCUCAGAUCAGCAAAGGAAAUUUCAUGUGCAAUGGACAUCCUCAGAAAGAUCUUCAUUCAUUCAUACAAACACUUACUGAAACUACAACUAUCACUAAAGGUGAUUAA